AUGGUGGUCACCAAGAUACAAUGGAUGACGCCCCUAGCGCCCUCUUGCCAGUACUGUUACCUCUUGGACGAAAUGCAUUUCAGAGUUGGCAUUCAAGCCGAGAACACCAAACAUCUGCACCCCGAAGACAUCCUAGUGGAACUGUGGACCAACUUGUACCACAAGGAGAACAACGAGGGAGAAUGGCAUGAGGUGCCGAUGCACUACCUCUCCACCCAGUCGACCCGAGACGACGGCUCCAUCGUCUUCUUCUACGGCGUGGAUUUGAUCAUCACCUGCCUGGGCUGCUAUAGCUUUACCUUCAGGAUGCACCACAAGAGCGACCCGGACUACACCUGGGCCACCUGGAUCUCUGUGGACGGUCGAGUGGAGGUUCGAACCCCGACGUGUGAGCUAACCACGUGGAUUCUGGAGCCAGAAGUCUCACAGAUCACGCACAACAUCUACAUCGGCAACUACACGGCCGCCCUGCAAGCCCCGGAGUCUGGCUUCGACUGCCUACUCAACAUGUCAGACAACGCUCCCGUCUACCCCCUACAGCUCUCCAACUACAUCAUCUUCAAGAAAUGUCCACUCCCUGCCGGCAGCAACCACGUCAUCGGCGAUGAACUGCUGCAGGUGUGUGUUGAGUGGCUGCGAGCUAUGAGCAACAGAUGCCACAAGAUUAUGGUAGUCAGCAGAAAUGGGCGGGGUCGCGCUGGAUCUAUUUUGAUCAGCUUCAUCUUCGCCAUGAACCCCAACCUGUCAUUCGAGGAAGCCUACAAGUUUGUGAACACCCGCCAUUUUGUCUACUACAACAAGGGCCUGCGUGAUUCCUUGUACCGCCUGUUUCCCCGGGACAUCAGUGGCUCCUACCUCAAGAUGCUCCAUGAGGAGCAUGAGUUGAUUCAAUGUCAGGACGGCAAGUGA